AUGGCGGAUGGAGACGGUCCCGUGAUGGAUUUAUUCCGAUCCCAGCCAAUGCAAUUAGCUCGGAUCAUUAUUCCCAUGGAAUCCGCUCAUCGAGCCAUUUCGUAUCUCGGUGAACUAGGCUUGUUUCAAUUUAAAGAUCUCAACAAGGCAAAAAGUCCAUUUCAGAGAACAUAUGCCACUCAGAUUAAAAGGUGUGGUGAGAUGCAACGCAAGAUACGUUUUUUCCGGGAUCAAAUGUAUAAGGCUGGUGUUUCCGCAUCGAAGAUAUCGUAUGGUUCAGUCAUUACUCUAGAUGAGCUAGAGAUCAAGCUUGGAGAACUUGAAUCCGAGCUAAUAGAGAUGAAUGCAAACUCUGAAAAGCUAGAACAUGCUUAUAAUGAACUUCUGGAAUAUAGGCUCGUAUUGAAGAAGAUGGGUGAGGUUUUUAAUUCGGCUCAAAAGAAUGCUACGGCUCAGCAUAAAGAACAAGAACAUCGGCGUGUUGAAGGAUCAAUUGAUAGUCCUCUGCUACUAGAACAAGAAAUGACAACCGACUCGUCAAAGCAAGUUAAGCUGGGGUAUGUCAGUGGUCUCGUCCCACGAGAUAAAUCAACGGCCUUUGAAAGAAUUUUGUUUCGUGCAACGAGGGGUAAUGUGUUCUUAAAGCAAGAUUCAAUUGAAGAGCCUGUAAUUGAUCAUGUGUCCGGACAAAAGGUGGAGAAAAAUGUUUUCAUAGUGUUCCAUUCUGGAGAAAGGGCGAAAAGUAAGGUCUUAAAAAUAUGUGACGCAUUCGGAGCAAACCGUUAUCCUUUUACUGAUGAUAUAGGAAAACAACAUCAGAUGAUCAUAGAGGUGGCCGGAAAAUUAUCAGAGCUGAAAACGACUAUUGAUGUUGGACAACAUCACUGGAGCAGUGUGGUACAAGCUAUUAGUGACCAGUAUGAACAAUGGAAAAAUAUGGUCAAGAAAGAGAAAUCUAUUUACCACACUUUGAAUAUGCUUAGUUACGAUGUUACAAAAAAAUGCCUUGUGGCAGAAGGCUGGUGUCCUGUUUCUGCAACAAAUCAGAUUCAGAAGACAUUGUUGCAAGCAACGACUGAUAGUAACUCACAAAUAGGGGCCAUAUUUGAGAUUUUGCAUUCUAAGGAAGCACCACCUACUUAUUUUUGCACAAACAAAUUUACGUCUGCAUUUCAAGAAAUUGUAAAUGCUUAUGGGGUGGCAAAAUAUCAAGAAGCGAAUCCGGGUGUAUACACAGUUGUUACUUUUCCGUUCUUGUUUGCUGUCAUGUUUGGGGAUUGGGGACAUGGCAUAUGUUUGUUUCUCGCAACACUAAUUCUUAUUCUGAGGGAAAAAACAUACUCCAGUCAGAAACUAGGAGAUAUUAUGGAAAUGGCAUUUAGUGGUCGUUACGUUAUCAUAAUGAUGUCAAUUUUCUCAAUAUACACAGGAUUUAUUUAUAACGAGUUCUUUUCUGUCCCGUUUGAACUUUUCGGGCCCUCUGCCUAUGCCUGCCGAGAUUCCUCCUGCAGUGAUGCCACUACUAUCGGAUUGAUCAAGGUGCGAAACACGUAUCCAUUUGGUCUGGAUCCUGUAUGGCAUGGGAGCCGCAGUGAAUUACCGUUUCUUAACUCAAUGAAGAUGAAAAUGUCAAUCUUAUUGGGAAUGGCUCAGAUGAAUCUUGGGAUCAUUCUGAGUUAUUUUAAUGGCAAGUUUUUUCGAAAUGAUAUAGACAUCUGGUACCAGUUUAUCCCACAAAUGAUAUUUCUCAACUCUUUGUUUGGCUACCUUUCGCUACUCAUCGUCGUGAAAUGGUGCACUGGUUCUCAAGCUGAUCUAUACCAUAUAAUGAUAUACAUGUUCCUCAGUCCCAUGGAUGAUUUAGACGACAAUCAGAUGUUUAUGGGCCAGAAAUAUCUGCAGUUACUCCUGCUAUUUCUCGCACUUAUUGCCGUACCAUGGAUGUUGUUUCCAAAGCCGUUUCUUUUAAAGAAGCAACACGAGGAAAGACACCAAGGGGAAGCGUAUGUACCACUUGGCGCGGUUGAUGAGAAUCUUGAACCAGAGUUAGCUGACGGGUCACAUGGCGGGCAUGAGGAAUUUCAGUUUAGUGAAGUUGUGGUGCAUCAACUUAUCCAUACUAUUGAGUUUGUUCUUGGUUCGGUAUCAAACACUGCUUCCUACCUUCGUCUCUGGGCUCUAAGUCUAGCACAUUCGGAGCUUUCCAAAGUAUUCUACGACAAGGUUUUAGUUCUUGCUUUGGGAUACGAAAGUGUGGUGAUACUUGUAAUUGGUGCUAUCGUAUUUGUUUUUGCAACGGUGGGUGUACUGCUAGUGAUGGAAACUUUAAGUGCUUUCCUACAUGCACUCAGACUUCACUGGGUAGAAUUCCAGAACAAGUUCUACGAGGGAGACGGCUACAAAUUCGACCCAUUCUCGUUUGCUUUAAUUGGCGACGAAGAAGAAUGAUGCAAACAACUUUUAAACCCACCUUCAAGUGCUGCCUACCCCUAUUAAUUUCUAGUUCCCGGUUUAUGAGCUGUUUUUGCUUAUUAUGUUUUCAUAUGUUAUUGUUCUUUGCAUUUGACAUGAAAUCAAGCUCA